UGCAAGUUUGUGACGACAGGACAAUUCCUUGUUUGUACAAGUGUAAGAUUAUCUCUGUUCCCGCUGGUUAUUUGAAUUUCGUGGACAAACGGCUGUUCAGGAGUUAUUUACAUGUUAUGAACUGAAAGUUUGCACGCUUUCUUAAAAUGAAGCAGUCAGUCAAACCAGUUACGGUGGCACUCAGAGUUAGGCCUUUAACAGAAAGUGAGAGAACUCGUUCCAUUGCGAGCAUUAUCAAGCAACCUAGCAAUCCAAAGGUUGUUAUUAUAGGAGAGCGUGGAUUUUCUUUUGAUCAUGUAUUUAUCGAGGAAGGGCAGGAGACCAUUUUUAAUUUACUUAUGACACCUGUCAUAGAGAAGUUAUUACAAGGUGUUAAUUGUUCUGUUAUUGCCUAUGGACAAACAGGAACCGGAAAAACAUACACAAUGGGAACAGAACCACAGGCCUUUGGUGACACUUUAAACUCUGGUCUUAUAUCAAGAACAGCUGAAAGAUUAUUUGAAAGUUGUUGCAUCUCUGAUGAUACGCUGACCAUAUCUGUUUCCUUUGUGGAAAUAUAUAAUGAAGAAGUAUUUGAAUUAUUAACUGACCAACCAGUGAGACUGGAUGUGAAAGGUUUUCAGAUUCGAGGCCUGAUGUCUGUACCAGUGAAAACAAUGGAUGAUGUUGGCAACCUUUUAUGCAAGGGAACUAAUAAUCGUCAUACAAGACCGACACUUCUUAAUAGCAGCUCCUCUAGAUCACACGCCAUAUUCACUUUUAGAUUAUGUCGGCAUAUUGGAAAUGAUGUACUAUUGUCAGAGUUACACAUGGUAGAUCUUGCAGGAUCAGAAAGAGCAAAGAGAACAGGCACCUGUGGUGAUGCUUUCCAGGAAGCUGUAUGUAUCAAUAGAGGACUGCUGGAGCUGGGAAACGUAAUUCAGAGCUUGUCAUCAGGCCGUCAUGGAAAUCAUGUUCCAUAUCGAAAUUCUCUUCUCACUUCUGUGCUACAUGGCUCUUUACAGAUUCAUAAUAUGAUUGCCAUGAUAGCGUGUGUAAGUCCUUCAGAACUUGACAUGGCUGAGACUCUCAACACACUUCGUUUUGUUGAGAAAUCCAAGAAGGUUAUGCAGGCGAUUGAGAUAAAUAAGGUUGUCCAACGCCACAAGAAUAAAGCCAUACCAAAUUCAUCUGCAAUUCGUCCCAGAUACCCACUUGCUCUACACAACUAUCAGUAUAGUUCUGUUGCAGGAAAUGCAGGAAACAGGCAGUGUGGACCAGGUAUAUCAUCAGGUCCUUUUGAUAGUGUGUGUUCCCUGAAUACCGAGGAAAACAUCUCGUCCAAAGUGAAUGAUGGAAGUGGAUUUAUUAGUCCCAUUGUGAAGAGGUGCUGUGACCAGAUUGAAAGUAACCUCAAUGAGAAAAUAGAGCAAAUUGUGCUGAUGACUGUACAGAAGGAAAGGAAAACUAGAAAUUGCGUUGCAAACAAUGUUUCUGCGAUGGUUUAUAGUCCAGUGCUCCACAACUCUAGAGAACUGCUGCCUCUUUCGAAUGACAGAAAGACAGUGUUUCGGAAAGAGAUUGAGAAAUUCCAAGAACAAAUGCGAGAAGCAAUGAAGUUAGAAAUGAGAAAUAUUAUCCAAGAAGAGGUAAAAGUAGCACUCACUAACACUAUUUGCUCAACUGUUGAAGUCUUGCAGAAGAAAAAAUGUAGUCCUGGACGAGCAGCACCACUAUUGUGUCGUAGGCUGGAUUUUGAACACAACACAUCAGCCACAGUAGGUCAAGAAGAUAUAAAAGCCCAGCCAAGGCGCUCUCUGCGUAUAUUUGGGAGGGAGAAACACAAUGUUUCUCCUUGUAAAAGAAACAGUCUAGUUACUAAAGACAUUCUGCCAAAUGUUGAUUUUAGGGAAAAUGGUAGGCAGAUGCUUUGCAGCACACCAUUGCCCUUCCCUUUCAUUUCCUUGGGAAAAGAAAAGACACAGGAUGAACUAAUCACUCCAAAGAAAGGAUCAUUCCUGUCUCCAAAGAGAUAUGACUUCAUUCCUGACAGUUUGGAUUAUGGAGGCACAUGUGACGCUCCAGAUUACUGUAAAAGAGACAAAACAAACAGUGUGGAAGCACAGAAUACAAGGCCUCGGCGCUCUAUGCGACUUUCUGUGAAAUAUUUGAAUAAUGUGGAAGAAUCAGUUAGAAUUCAAUACAAUCGAACCAAUGCGGCACUUCCCACACCAAAUGGGAACCUCUCAACUCAACAUAGGAAUUUACAGGCACAGAAUACACCAAUAUUGAGAACGAAUCCAGGCCAAAUUAAUCUGGGCAGUUAUGAUCCUGUUAGUCAGUGUUCUCAAGCAACAGAAAUUAUUACAGCUGAUCACAGUCCAUUGCCUGAACAGAAGUCCCUACAGGCAUUUGAUUCAGUGAUACAAACUGGCAACCACCAUACUAUCCAUACUCGAAGUGAUUCUCAUCUUCACAGAUACAACAAUCAUCAUUAUUCUCAUACUGUAAGAGGAAGAUAUCUUAAAGAACAAACUGAUGAUUUUACGGCACUCAACAGUCACGUCAUAUCUUCAUCUCAGGAGCAACAACAAAGUGCAGUUGGCAGUAUUGUAAGAACAGAUAAAAUAAAUUAUCAUAGUCAAAAGGUUGUGUUGAAGAACAGAAACAAGAGGUGCACAAGAAAAAUUAAUCAUCAUAAAAGUCCAUUUAGAAGAGAAAGCAUCAAAACACCUAAAAAAAUAAUCAUGAUGAAAGAACUUGUAGCACAUAAUGUUGGCAAUAAUAUCCAUCAGGAGCAUAUGAACCGAAUAAUUUCUUUACUAAACACAGGUAGCACAAGAGAAUUACAGAAGCUACCAACUAUUGGACCAAAAACAGCUUUAAUAAUUAAUAAUUACAGAAACUUAUCUGGGGAAACAUUUGAAUCAGUAGACGACUUAAGAAAAAUUCCUGGUUUAAAUAAAAACUUUCAUGAGAAAUUUGCCCUGGCAAACCUUGUCAUAUGAAUCAUCCCUGAAGAUAUAACCACAGGACACCAAUACUUUACACUGAAAUGAAAACACAAAGGGUACUUGCAGUGCUUUUGUGUGCAGUUAUUUCACUUUAGAGAAAAUAGUAAUAAACAGAAUAGGAGGCUCAAGGGUGCCUCAUAAGCACUCUUAAAGCUCACAUUUUCAGAACUGCAAAUGUGUAAUUUUUGUAUAUUUUAAGAACUUAAGUUUUUUGAACUUAUUAUACUUGUCUUCUAAUUGAUGUUAAAAACUUCAGAUAUUUUCUUUAUCUAAUAAAUGAUAUGUACUAUUGUGAGUACAUUUGUAGAAAUUUAA